AUUUCAGACUCCUGCUGAUAAUGAGAGUAUAUGUGAAGGUUGUAAUCUCUGUCUGUUGUGAGCAGGGAUGUGGGAGCAGUGCACCAGAGAGCGGAACCUCACGCCGGAUGACGACUUUAACGCACAAGCCUUUGGGAAGACACGCCUGCUGUUCGCUGUUUUUGGACCCAUACGAUGGGAGCUCGGAGGAUUCUGAUGUGUCCAGCGGUGGUACCGUUAGGCUGCCGAGGCCGCACGGUAAAGGAGGCCACAGGAGGCGACUGUUCCCUCACUCAUCAAUGACGACGGACACAACGAGGGCGUCUUUGAUGCAUCGUCAGGGAGACGCCCGGGUGAAACAUGGAAGAUGUUCUGAGGAGGGUUGCAGGAGGAUUCCGGAUGAAAGUGAGAACAUCCACGCCAUGGAUGUAGAGGUGCAGCUCGAUGACUCUGGUUUGGAAGCUACUAGAUCUUCCACAUGUUGCACACCUGGACUUUACAUCUCAGAGGAAAGGAGCUCGCCUCAGAUGCUGAGCAGCAGCUCGGGGAGAUCCCUCAGACCUCUGAGCAAGAGGAAGGAGCUUCCUCCUGAAGCAGAGCCAGUGGAGGCGGAGCUCAGAAAGAGGCGGUGUGUCGUAAACACGGCGGAUGAACGAGGAGAACCGGGAUGAAGCGUGCCUGAAGCCUCUGCUCAC